UUUCGCGAGUUCGAGGCCCGCUUGAGGCCAAAAAAAGCAAGAAAGGGGUUUCCGGGGAAUUGGGCGGAAGGGGCUUGGUUUUUUUUUUUUUUUGCAACCGCCCCUUCCUCUUUUGCAAGGCCGGGGACCCCUCGGUGGAUUCGGAUCGUUGCAAUCCCUACCCCCCUUUUUUGUAUCUUGCAUUUUCUAUUUUUGUUGCAAAUCCUUUUGUAUUUAUUUUGCAGUCGGAAGGAGACGCCCCAGAAAGGAAGGAAGAAAGGAGCAAUCUGCAAAAAAGGAAAAAGGGAUUUUUCCUCCCCGGGAGGAACAAACAAAAGCCUCCCAAGAACAACAACAGAGAGAGAAAGAUUGCAAAAAGGAUCCCAGCAUGCAAAGUUGGGUGGCGACCUGGGGCUGACCCCGCCCGGAUGCAGACGCCGCCACCGCCUUGGCCGCCUUCCCAGUCGUUGUAUUUCUUCUCCUCCCGGCGCCCGACCCGCCAAUCAAAAUAGAGUCCCUCAAGGUGAAAGUUGACUUCCUGACGGCGCCCCUGGGCCUGAAGAAGAAGAAGAGGAAGGGGAAGCCGGCCCCCCCGGCGGCCCUGAAGAAGGAGGCGGCCUUGGUCUUGGCCCCCGGACGACCCCGGGGCCCCCCCUCCGUGGCCGACCUCCGACCCCGGCGCCCCGACAACAUGGACAACGAGUCCCAGUACUCCGGGUAUUCCUACAAGUCGGGACACUCCCGCAGCUCCCGCAAACACCGGGACCGGCGGGAGCGCCACCGCUCCAAGAGCCGAGAUGGGAGCCGCGGGGAUAAGUCGGUCACCAUCCAGGCCCCCGGGGAGCCCCUCCUGGACAAUGAGUCAACUCGCGGAGACGAGAGGGACGACAACUGGGGCGAGACAACGACGGUGGUGACGGGGACGUCAGAGCACAGCAUCUCACACGAGGACCUGACGCGCAUCGCCAAGGACAUGGAGGACAGCGUCCCGCUGGACUGCUCGCGGCACCUGGGGGUCUCCCUGGCUGCGGGGCUGGCGCUGCUGUGCUUCCUGACCCCGCUGGCCUUUGUGCUGCUGCCACCGGCGCUAUGGGGGGAGCGGCUGGAGCCGUGCGGGACCCCCUGCGAGGGCCUCUUCCUCUCGGUGGCCUUCAAACUGCUGAUCCUGCUGCUGGGCAGCUGGGCCCUCUUCUUCCGGCGGCCCAAGGCCUCCUUCCCGCGGGCCUUUGCCUUCCGGGCCCUGCUGAUGGUGCUGCUCUUCCUCCUGGUGGUCUCCUACUGGCUCUUCUACGGCGUGCGCAUCCUGGACUCCCGCGACCCCAACUACCAGGGCAUCGUCCAGUACGCCGUCUCCCUGGUGGACGCCCUGCUCUUCGUCCACUACCUGGCCGUGGUCCUCCUCGAGCUGCGGCAGCUCCAGCCCCACUUCACCCUCAAGGUGGUCCGCUCCACCGACGGCGCCAGCCGCUUCUACAACGUCGGGCACCUCAGCAUCCAGAGAGUGGCGGUGUGGAUCUUGGAGAACUACUACCAGGACUUCCCCGUCUCCAACCCGGCGCUCCUCAACCUGCCCAAGUCUGUCCUCUCUAAGAAGAUGUCCGGGUUCAAGGUCUACUCCCUCGGAGAAGAAAACACGACCAACAACUCGACCAGUCAGUCCCGUGCCGUGAUUGCGGCGGCCGCUCGUCGGAGGGACAACAGCCACAACGAGUAUUACUACGAGGAGGCGGAGCACGAGCGCCGGGUGCGGAAGAGGCGGGCCAGGCUGGUGGUGGCUGUCGAGGAGGCCUUCACGCACAUCAAGCGCCUGCAGGAGGAGGACCAGAAGAACCCGCGGGAGGUGAUGGACCCCCGGGAGGCGGCCCAGGCCAUCUUUGCCUCCAUGGCCCGCGCCAUGCAGAAGUACCUGCGCACCACCAAGCAGCAGCCCUUCCACACCAUGGAGAGCAUCCUCCAGCACUUGGAGUUCUGCAUCACCCACGACAUGACCCCCAAGGCCUUCCUGGAGCGCUAUCUGACGGCAGGUCCCACCAUCCAGUACCACAAGGACCGCUGGCUGGCCAAGCAGUGGACGUUGGUCAGCGAGGAGCCGGUGACCAACGGCUUGAAGGAUGGGGUGGUCUUUGUCCUUAAGCGCCACGACUUCAGCCUGGUGGUCAGCACCAAGAAGAUCCCUUUCUUCAAGCUCUCGGAGGAGUUUGUGGACCCCAAGUCGCACAAGUUUGUGAUGCGGCUCCAGUCGGAGACUUCGGUGUGAAAGGAAACCCGAGGCCCGAGCAAAGGACUUCGGGGGCCUCCGUUUGCGGGGAGCACCAUACUCGUCCUUCGGGGCGGUGACUGCACCCGGAAAGCAGCCAUCUUGGAGUUUACAGUUCCGUCUCUACGCAUCUUCAGGUGCCCACGUUGACCACUCCGUCCCCUCAACCUUUUUUUUACAAGUUCCUUCAGGACAACAUUGAAGCGGUGAGACAGUUUUGGGGUCCCAUCACCCUUUCCACUUUUCUACUUUCCGAAAUCCCAAUUUCCUCAUAUCGGACAUCUCCAGAGCUCUGAAAUUACUACGUAUCAGGGCUACAGAGAACUCUCGAAUUGAAAACGCCCGUGUUUCGGUACCGGAGAUCUCUCACUCGUAAAUAGAAAACAUGGAAUUUUGGUGCCUGAGAUGUCUUCACUCGUAAAUAGAAAACAUGAAGUUGCAGUGCAGGAUAUCUCUUCACUCAGUUUCGGUGACUGAGAUCUCGCUCGUAAAUAGAAAACAUGGAAUUUCGAUGACAGAGAUCUCCCACUCGUAAGUAGAAAGGAUUGAGUUUGGCUGCUGGAGAUCUCCUCACUCGUAAAAUAGGAAACAUGGCGUUUUGCUGCCAGAAAUCUCUUCACUCGUAAAUAAAAAACAUGGAGUUUCGGUGCCGGAGAUCUCAUCACUCGUAAAUAGAAAACAUUGAAUUCGUAAAUAGAAAAGAUUGAGUUGUGGUGACGGAGAUCUGUCUCGUAAAUAGAAAACAUGGAAUUUCGGUGCCAGAGAUCUCUCACUCAUAAGUAGAAAUUAUUGGGUUUGGCUGCUGGAGAUCUCCUCAUUCUUAAAUAGGAAACAUGGAGUUCUGGUGCCGGAAAUCUCUUAACUCGUAAAUAGAAGACAUGGAGUUUCGGUGCUGGAGAUCUCGUCACUCGUAAAUAGAAAACAUUGAGUUCGUAAAUAGAAAAGAUUGAGUUUCGGUGCCUGAGAUCUCGUCACUCGUAAAUCAAAAACAUGGAGUUUUAAUGCCAGAGAUCCCGUCACUCGUAAAUAGAAAAGGUGGAAUUUUGGUGCUGGAGAUCUCUUCACAAGUAAACAGAAAACAUGAAGUUGAAGUGCAGAUCUCUUCACGCAUAAAUAUAAAAGAUUGAGUUUCAGUGACUGAGUUUCCAAAACUUUUACGAGUUUUGGUCACUCGUAAAAGAAAACGUGGAAUUUUUGUGCCGGAGAUCUCUCACUCGUAAGUAGAAAAGAUUGGGUUUAGCUGCCAGAGAUCUCUUCACACAUAAAUAGAAAACAUGGAGUUUUGGUGCUGGAGAUCUCUAACUCGUAAUUAGAAAAGACUGAAUUUCAGCGACUGAGGUCUCUUCACUCAUUAAUAGAAUAUAUUGUGUUUCUGUGCGGGAGAUCUCUUCACUCGUAAAUAGAAAACAUGGAGUUUUGGAGUAGGAGAUAUCUACAUGGAUUUCAUAAACAUGGAUUUCAUAAAUAAAAAAGAUUUUAGUUUCGAUGCCGGAGAUGUCUCUCUCAUAAGUAGAAAACCUUGAGUUUAAUUGCUGGACAUCUCUUUACUCGUAAAUAGAAAAAAUGGAGUUCGUAAGUAAAAAAGAGUGAGUUCCGGUGCCUGAGAUCUCUUCACUCGUAAAUAGAAAAUAUUGAGUUUUGGUGCAGAAAAUCUCCUUCUCAUAAAUAGAAAACAGUGAGUUUCUGUGCCGGAGAUCUCGUCACUCGUAAAUAGAGAAGGCUGAGUUUCGGUGCCUGAGAUCUCUCAUUCGUAAAAAAAACAUGGAGUUUCGGUGCCAGAGAACUCUUAACUCGUAAAUAGAAAAACUUCCGAGUUAUGGUUCCAGAGAUCUCUUCACUCGUACAUAUCUCUCAUUCGUAAAAAAAAAAAAUGGAGUUUCGGUGCCCGAGAGCUUGUCACUUGUAAAUAGAAAAACUUCCGAGUUUUGGUGCCGGAGAUCUCUUCACUCGUAAAUAUCUCGGAUUUGUAAAAAAAGAACGUUUCGGUGGCGUUGAGCUUCGGUGCCUGAGAGCUCUCGUUCGUAAAAAAAAACAUGGCGUUUCGGUGCCAGAGAGCUCUUAACUCGUAAAUAGAAAAACUUCCGAGUUUUGGUGCCAGAAAUCUCUUCACUCGUAAAUAUCUCAGAUUCGUAAAAAAAGAAAACAUGGAGUUUCGGUGCCAGAGAGCUCUUAACUCGUAAAUAGAAAAACUUCCGAGUUUUGGUGCCAGAGAUCUCUUCACUCGUAAAUAUCUCGGAUUUGUAAAAAAAGAAAACAUGGCGUUUCGGUACCAGAGAGCUCUUAACUUGUAAAUAGAAAAACUUCCGAGUUUUGGUGCCAGAAAUCUCUUCACUCGUAAAUAUCUCGGAUUUGUAAAAAAAGAAAACAUGGCGUUUCGGUGCCAGAGAGCUCUUAAUUCGUAAAUAGAAAAACUUCCGAGUUUUGGUGUCGGAGAUCUCUUCACUCAUAAGUAGAAAACGGACAGGUUUCGGUGCCAUAUUUUAAGGGCUAAUUCCGUUCACCAGCAUCUCCAGGUUUUGAGGGACCUUUCCGUGAAUGUUCUUUCCUUACACAAACACACACAAAAAAACCAGUGAACCUCAACAGUUCUGGCCUUCGAAACUUCGCUCGUUUUCCCGCAAACUCCAGCUGGACUUGCACAAAACUUUUUUUUUUUU